AUGGUCUUGAACGAGCCGAGGCCGAUUUCGACGAGCUCCGUCCACGCUGCAGCCAGCAGCUCUGCCGCCAGCCCAGAGUCCCAGUCCCACAACGGUCUGGUUCGCAAAAGUAGCGCCCAGCCGUACCCUCUCCGCGCCCCUCCUGCCGCCGCGGCCUUCUCCCCCCAGACGGAAAUCGUCAAAUCAGACUUCAUCUUGACGCAGCGCCAGCGCGGGCGGUGUGGUCCCCUUGUUUGUUGGCCUUGCAUUAUCACGCACUACCGUGCCAUCACGAUUUCCUUCUUCUUCUUUUCCCCCCCUCCUUGUUCUCUGAUCCCUGCCAUUCAUCUGGCGAAUCAGAGUUUUCUCGCCCAUCUAAUCCCGCUCUCCCGUCAGAAUAGGCUAGUACAGCCAGCCUUGUGGCCAGCACUUUUCGAGAAACUGUCCUCGGAAACCAUCUGA